CUAGCUCACACUCACUAUUCAUUUCUCUCUAUCGGCAUCCACGCCAUUGUUGGAUUGAAGAUGUCAGGAUUCGAAGAUGGAUUUUCAGCUGAAAAGCUAUUCUCACAUGGAUACUCAUACACCUACGACGAUGUGAUAUUUCUACCUCACUACAUCGACUUUUCCACGGACGCCGUCUCUUUAUCCACGCGCCUCAGCAAGCGCGUCCCACUCUCGAUCCCAUGCGUCGCUUCGCCGAUGGACACUGUUUCUGAGUCCCACAUGGCUGCUGCAAUGGCUGCGCUUGGAGGAAUCGGAAUCGUGCACUAUAACUGUGACAUCGAGACUCAAGCUUCCGUCAUCCGUCACGCCAAAUCGCUUCAAGUUCCGAUUGCGUCUGAUGCUGUUUUCAAAUGCCCAGAGCAUCAGAUUGGUUCGGUUGAUGAUUUUGGUCCUUCGUCCUUCGUGUUUGUCUCGCAGACAGGAACAUUGACACCGAAAUUGUUGGGUUAUGUCUCAAAAUCGGAGUGGUCGAGUAUGAAAGAUGACCAAAAGGAGAUGAAGAUAUAUGAUUACAUGAGGAGUUGUGAGAGCAAAGAUCACUAUGUGCCGUGGGAUAUUGAUCUUGACAAGAUUGAGGCGGUUUUGGAAGAUAAACAGAAAGGAUUUGUGGUUCUGGAGAAGGAUGGUGAGACUGUGAACGUCGUAACAAAAGACGAUGUGGAGAGGGUUAAAGGAUAUCCCAAGUUAGGGUCAGGAACUGUUGGUGCAGACAAGAAAUGGAUGGUGGGUGCGGCUAUAGGGACCAGGGAUUCAGACAAGGAGAGGUUAGAGCAUUUAGUGAAAGCUGGAGCUAACGUUGUGGUGCUGGAUAGUUCGCAAGGGAACUCAAUUUACCAGCUUGAGAUGAUCAAGUAUGUGAAGAAUACGUAUCCGGAGUUGGAUGUGGUAGGUGGGAAUGUGGUGACUAUGUACCAGGCAGAGAACUUGAUCAAAGCAGGAGUUGAUGGGUUGAGAGUUGGUAUGGGAUCUGGAUCCAUAUGCACAACACAAGAGGUUUGUGCCGUUGGACGAGGACAGGCUACUGCCGUGUACAAAGUCUCGACACUAGCUGCUCAGCACGGUGUACCUAUUAUCGCAGAUGGUGGCAUCUCAAACUCAGGUCACAUUGUGAAGGCUCUAGUUCUUGGAGCAUCAACUGUGAUGAUGGGAAGCUUCUUGGCUGGAAGCACCGAAGCUCCUGGAGCUUAUGAAUAUCGAAACGGUAGGAGAGUGAAGAAAUACAGAGGUAUGGGUUCAUUAGAAGCAAUGACCAAAGGAAGUGACCAGAGAUACUUGGGAGAUACCGCGAAACUCAAGAUUGCACAAGGAGUGGUUGGAGCGGUUGCGGAUAAAGGCUCAGUGUUAAAGUUUAUACCUUACACAAUGCAUGCCGUGAAGCAAGGUUUCCAAGAUCUUGGUGCUUCUUCUUUGCAGUCUGCUCACAAGCUAUUGAGAGAUAAUAUCCUUAGACUCGAGGCUCGUACCGGUGCAGCACAGAUAGAAGGUGGAAUCCAUGGACUGGUGUCUUACGAAAAGAAAUCGUUUUAGCUUUCCCGAGUUUACUUUCUUAUGUAACCGUGCACUAUACUAGUGUCAACAAUAAGGUUCUGUAAUCCUGUAAUAGUUGAAUCGUGUUUCGUAAUGCUAUUUCACUGAAUCACUGCCCUAUUUCAACCAUAACCAACCAUUUGGGGUUAUGGAAUUGUGUUAUAUUUAACUUUUGUUCAUGGUUUCAGUUUUGUAUUAAACACAAUAAACAUGAAUUUUGCUG